AUGAGGGUGAUAAAAAAUACGCAUACCAGAUCAAAACAUUAUUGGAUCAAUUAUGGCAUUGCUGUAUUUUUGUUCUUAGUUUGUGCUUAUCAACUGCACCAGAAAGUUGUUCGUAAAACUUUUCGAGACACCUUGUACCUGCAUAUUCUUUGCUUUACGUUCUUAAUGUUAUUCAUUUUACUUUACAAGUUUCGACUGUUUGUAGAAGAACUAUUUUAUAUAAAUGUUGAUCACAAUGGUGACUUCCUGAACGUCGUAAAAGAUACUUUGUACUUUAAUACCUCGUCAACUAUUAUUUUUAUAGUUACACUUUCUUCAUUUAUGGUACUUUUAACUACUGAGGAUCAUUAUAAAGCCUUUCAAUUGCUACAAUCACAGCCUUUAGCUACUUUGUUAGCGCUGGCCUUUUCAUUACUGUUGCUUCAUACGGUGGACAUUCUCGGAUGUCGAGCGACCAACGUUAACCGAGUAUUUUCGACUGGAGGAUUGGAUCCUGGCACCGCUAUGGCCGGUAGCUAUUUUUACGGAUAUUUGAAAAUUGUGCUUCCAGCAAGUGGAGGAAUCGAAAGAGCUGGAAUCCUCACUGCAUUAGAGAAGUACGAGGCCAUAAAUUCCGUGAAAAUUCCAAUAAAAAAAUUAUUUAUACUCAUUCCAUCUUCAUCUUACAUACCAACAGAUUUAAAAGAAGUUUCUGAUAAAUGGAUGGAAGCUUCAGGGUUACUGGACACAAUAACUCUCGACAGGGCAGGUGUAAUCAAUCGCACCUAUCAUAAUACGGUUUAUCGAAUUCGUUCAGAUGGACCCGAUAUGACGAGUCCAAGUUCCAAAUCCGUUUAUCUUGCCGUUGAAGGGGCUACCCCUUUAAAGACAUUCUUGGAAGUGCAGGAUCAAUCGCACAGAUAUGCUCUUUUGUACAGAGAAUACAAUAAGGAGAUAGUACAAAAUUUUUGUAAGGCUUUGCAAAAUCUACUUAAUGACAAUCCUGACUGUAAAGAUUAUGUUGAGCUGGUUUAUUACAAAGAUAUCGUUGACAAUAAACGUGUUAAUGUAGCACAUAUACUAUUGGAAACAAUUGCGAAAAUUCAAAAACUUUAA